AUCAUGGACAACAAAAAUGAAUCUGUCAUUACUGAAUUCAUUCUUCAGGGAUUCACAGGCAAUCCCAGAAUGCAGUUUUUACUUUUUACAAUCUUCCUCUUUGUUUAUGUUAUCUCUGUCUUAGGGAAUGUUGGGAUGAUUCUGUUGAUUUCCACUAACACCCAACUCCACAAACCCAUGUAUUACUUCCUGAGCAACCUCUCCUUUGUUGAUCUCUGCUGCUCUUCAGCCAUUUCUCCAAAAAUGCUGAUUGACUUGUUGGUUGAAGGAAAAAGAAUUUCAUUCAAUGUUUGUGCUACACAGCUCUUUCUGAUUACUACAUUUGGAGAUACAGAGUGUGUUUUGUUGGUUAUGAUGGCCUAUGACAGAUAUGUGGCCAUCUGCAAUCCACUUCUCUAUCCAGCUAUCAUGUCCAAAAAGAUCUGCCAACAAAUGAUUGCUGUUGCAUAUUGCAUAGGCCUAAUGGAUGCAACAAUAUACACAUCCUCAAUAUUUCGACUGAUAUUCUGCCAGUCAAAUGUUAUUAAUCAUUUCUUCUGUGACAUACCUCCACUCUUAAUGAUCUCCUGUUCAGAUACUUACAUCAGUGAAAUAGUGAUAAUUGUCGUUGCUGGCUUUGUUGAAGUAAGCAGCAUAGCUAUGAUUCUUGUAUCCUAUGCUUAUAUUUUGAGUACAGUCCUGAGAAUGCGCUCUGCUGAGGGCAGGCAGAAAGCGUUUUCCACCUGCGGCUCUCACCUGUCAGCUCUUGGCAUAUACCACGGGACAAUACUCUUCAUAUACUUUCGGCCCAGCUCCAGCUACUCCAUGGACCAAGACAAAUGGGCCUCAUUGUUCUACACAGUUGUGGUCUCCAUGUUCAACCCUCUCAUCUACAGUCUGAGGAAUAAGGAGGUGAAAGAUGCUGCAACCAAAUCCGUGGGCAACAUAUUGAUUUUUAAAAGGAAUAAUCCUAGAGACAUUUAA